AUGGUGCGGGAUACCAUCGUGGACAUCCAAGAUGUCCACUACUACCGAGUGGUCGUGGUGACAUGGGCAUCUGGCUGGAAGGAUCAUGUGCCUUUUGGUGACAUGAACCCGUACAUCCGAAGCUCCCGUUGGGAGUGGGUGGGAAGAGAGUGCUGGCGAGUGGCUGUCUACAACUGUGGCUGGGAGUUCUGGAUGACGAAACGACGAUUGGAGAUGCUGGCUUACGAUGAGAUCGGACCCAUCGUGCUCACCAUGCUCCACCCCGGAAGCAACUGA